UUGGUAAGAUUACUUAGCCGGCUAGCUAGAGGGGGAUCGUUCACAGAAUGCAGCAGAAACUAGAAAUGGGACAGAUGGUUGAUGAAAAGAAGAAAUGGACGAUUACAUUUGCGAGAGAGUUGAAGAAGGAGGGUAUAAUAGCUGCACCAAUGGUGGCAGUGACGGCACUGCAGUAUCUUCUGCAACUAGUAUCGAUGAUUAUGGUCGGACAUCUUGAUCAGCUCUCCCUCUCCAGUGUUGCAAUUGCCAUUUCUCUCACCAAUGUCACUGGUUUCAGCCUUCUUUCAGGAUUGGCAGGUGGAUUGGAAACCUUAUGUGGGCAAGCAUUUGGAGCAGAGCAAUACCAAAAACUUGGAACUUAUACUUGUACUGCUAUGAUAUCCCUUCUCUUGGUUUGUCCUCCAGUAUGUCUCCUAUGGAUAUUCAUGGAUAAAUUGUUACCUUUAGUAGGCCAGGAUCCAUUGAUAUCCCUUCAGGCAUGCAAAUAUUCAAUGUGGCUUAUCCCUGCACUAUUUGGUGCAUCAAUUCUUAAACCGUUAACUCGCUACUCCCAGUCUCAGAGUCUUAUUUUCCCAAUGCUCGUAUGCUCUUUUGCCAUUCUUCUCUUCCAUAUAUCUGCCUCAUGGGCUCUUGUGUAUAAGCUGGAAUUUGGAAGUAAAGGUUCAGCAAUAGCCUUCAGUUUAUCCACUUGGUUAUAUGUGGUAAUGCUGGGUUCCUAUGCAAUGUAUUCCUCAGUCUUUGAGAAAACCCGUAUUAGAAUUUCAAAAGAUUCUAUCCUUCAUGUUGGAGAGUUCUUUUGCUUGGCUAUCCCGUCUGCUGUAAUGGUUUGUCUAAAAUGGUGGUCGUGCGAGCUGCUUAUUUUGCUGUCCGGCCUUCUACCAAAUCCUAAACUAGAGACUUCAGUUCUUUCCAUAUGCCUUACAAUCUCUACUUUGCACUUCACUUUAUCAUAUGGAUUCGGAGCUGCUGCAAGUACUCGGGUAUCAAAUGAAUUAGGAGCUGGUAAUCCACAAGCAGCUCGAGUAGCUGUUCAGGCUGCAGUGUUUCUCUCAGUCACUGAGGCGCUUAUUGUAAGCACAACCCUCUUUUGCUGUCGCUAUGUUUUGGGGAGUGCUUUCAGCAGUGAGACGCAGGUAGCGGACUAUGUUGCAGUUAUGACACCUCUGAUUUGCCUCUCAGUUUUUAUGGAUAGCUUACAAGCAGUACUCUCAGGGGUAGCUAGAGGAAGUGGAUGGCAGCAUUUGGGGGCGUAUGUCAAUCUUGGGGCAUUUUAUUUGGUUGGACUUCCUGUGGCUAUGGUACUCGGGUUUCCUGUGCACUUAAGGGGGAAAGGCCUUUGGAUUGGAAUAGUGGUCGGCUCCGCUGUACAAUCAACUCUUCUGGGUUGCAUCACCUGUUUCACAAAUUGGACUAAACAGGCAAAGUUGGCAAGAGAUAGGAUAUUCGCAGAGAGAUCAUCAUCAACCGGGGGUGGAGCCAUGUAGGGACAUAGAGGGUCCCGUAUCCCAUUGUGAUUUUUGUAUAUUUUUUAAUUUCUGUACAAAAGUAAGAAUAUAAAAUGUUUAGAGUUUCCUUA